AUGGCAAAAGUGUCAGAUCCUCUUGUGGUUGGAAGAGUUAUUGGAGAUGUGAUUGAUUAUUUCACACCAUGUAUGAAAAUGACUGUUUCUUAUAACUCCAACAAGCAAGUUUAUAAUGGUCAUGAGCUUUUCCCUUCUGCUGUAACUCAUAAACCUAAAGUGGAAGUGCAAGGAGCUGAUAUGAGAUCCUUUUUCACUCUGGUCAUGACAGACCCAGAUGUGCCUGGACCAAGUGAUCCAUACCAGAGGGAGCACUUGCACUGGAUAGUGACAGACAUCCCAGGAACAACAGAUGCCACAUUUGGCAAAGAAGUGGUGAGCUAUGAAAUGCCAAGGCCAAAUAUAGGGAUCCAUAGGUUUGUGUUUAUUCUUUUCAAGCAGAAAAGAAGGCAAAUGGUGAACACACCAACAUCAAGAGAUAAAUUUAAUACAAGAAAAUUUGCAGAAGAAAAUGAACUUGGCCUGCCUGUUGCUGCUGUCUUCUUUAAUGCUCAGAGAGAAACUGCUGCAAGAAGACGCUAA